AUGAGUUCUAUCGCAGAGAAUAUAAUACAACAGGCCACUCACAAUUCUACAUUGCACCAAUUGGCCAAGGAUGAGUCGUCCUUAGGUGUCACCACUGCCUUCAGCAUUCUGGAAACAAUUAAGUCUAUGUCAUAUUUGAAAAUUUUUGCAACUUUAAUCUGUAUUCUUUUGGUUUGGGACCAAGUAGCAUACCAAAUAAAGAAGGGUUCCAUUGCAGGUCCAAAAUUUAAGUUCUGGCCCAUUAUUGGUCCAUUUUUGGAAUCUUUAGAUCCUAAAUUUGAAGAAUAUAAGGCCAAGUGGGCUUCCGGUCCACUUUCCUGUGUCUCCAUUUUCCAUAAAUUUGUUGUUAUCGCAUCAACUAGAGAUUUGGCAAGAAAGAUCUUGCAAUCCUCUAAAUUCGUUAAACCUUGUGUUGUCGAUGUUGCUGUGAAAAUUUUAAGGCCAUGCAAUUGGGUCUUUCUGGAUGGUAAAGCUCAUACUGAUUACAGAAAAUCAUUGAACGGUCUUUUCACUAAGCAAGCUUUGGCACAGUACUUGCCUUCAUUAGAACAAAUCAUGGAUAAAUACAUGGAUAAAUUUGUUCGUCUAUCAAAAGAGAAUAACUAUGAGCCUCAAGUCUUUUUCCAUGAAAUGAGAGAAAUUCUUUGUGCUUUAUCAUUAAAUUCUUUCUGUGGUAAUUAUAUCACUGAGGACCAAGUGAGAAAGAUUGCUGAUGAUUACUAUUUGGUCACUGCGGCAUUAGAAUUGGUUAAUUUCCCUAUCAUUAUCCCUUACAGUAAGACAUGGUACGGUAAGAAGACAGCUGACAUGGCCAUGAAGAUUUUUGAAAACUGUGCUCAAAUGGCAAAGGACCACAUUGCCGCCGGUGGUAAACCAGUUUGUGUUAUGGAUGCCUGGUGUAAAUUGAUGCAUGAUGCAAAGAAUAGUAACGACGAUGAAUCUAGAAUCUACCACAGAGAAUUCACUAAUAAGGAAAUUUCCGAAGCAGUUUUCACUUUCCUAUUCGCCUCUCAGGAUGCUUCCUCCUCUUUGGCUUGUUGGCUGUUCCAAAUUGUUGCUGAUCGUCCAGACGUUCUAGCCAAAAUUAGAGAAGAACAAUUGGCUGUCCGUAACAACGAUAUGUCUACUGAAUUGAAUCUCGAUUUGAUCGAGAAAAUGAAAUACACUAACAUGGUCAUCAAGGAAACUCUACGUUACAGACCCCCUGUCCUAAUGGUUCCAUAUGUCGUUAAGAAAAACUUCCCAGUCUCUCCUAGCUAUACCGCCCCAAAGGGCGCUAUGUUGAUUCCAACCUUAUAUCCGGCUUUGCAUGACCCUGAAGUUUACGAAAAUCCUGAUGACUUCAUCCCUGAAAGAUGGGUAGAGGGUUCAAAGGCCACUGAAGCAAAAAAAAACUGGUUAGUUUUCGGUUGUGGCCCACAUGUUUGCCUAGGUCAAACAUAUGUCAUGAUCACCUUCGCUGCUUUGUUGGGUAAAUUUGCUCUGUACACCGAUUUCCAUCAUAAGGUCACUCCAUUAAGUGAAAAAAUCAAGGUUUUCGCCACCAUUUUUCCAAAAGACGACUUAUUAUUGACUUUCAAAAAGAGGGAUCCAAUUACUGGAGAAGUCUUUGAAUAA